AUCCUGCCGAUUUAUUAUUUUCUUUUAGAAGGUUUGAUCAAAGGCUCAAGAUUCAACAACUUGGCUUGGCCUCGGCACAUUCCAUGUCGAGGGAAUGGUCCAACGUUAUGCGAUAUCACUUGGGGAGCUGGUGGAACUACCACAGAUCCCGCACGACAUCGCUUCGAGGAUGCAAAACGUUUUCUGCGUUGAGGAGACUCAUCAUUAUGCGUCGAAUGAAGCUGUGAAAGCCUAUGGUCUUCACCUUGGGAUAGAGAUGUGUAUAAAUAUGUUCAGGUCUCUUCAUCUCUACACAUUGAACAUGGAGAACACAACUCUUGCAAUAUUGAUGAAUCUUGGUAUGAUUGAUGAGUCCAAAAAUUUCUCCUUCUUUACUAAGGAAGAUGUGCGCCCCAUUUUCUGCGCAAACCGUCCAAAGAGCUACAUUUCUAGAACCAAGGGCUGGGAAGACUUCCCACAAGGCCGGUGGGGUGAUUCACGCAGUGCUUCAUAUGGUGCACUCUCGGAUCAUCAGUUCUCACGUCCACGAGCACGUGACAAGAAGCUUGAACAAGAAUGGGUUGUCCCACUGAAAAGUGUUGAAGAUAUUCAGGAGAAAUUCAAGGAGCUCUGCCUUGGAAACCUUAAAAGCAGUCCCUGGUCUGAAUUAGAUGGACUCCAGCCAGAGACAAAGAUAAUAAACGAGCAACUGGUAAAAAUCAACUCCAAAGGCUUCUUGACCAUCAAUAGCCAACCAUCAGUCAACGCCGAGAGAUCUGAUUCCCCAACUGUUGGAUGGGGAGGUCCUGUUGGAUAUGUAUACCAAAAGGCUUAUCUAGAGUUCUUCUGCUCAAAGGAGAAAUUAGAUGCAGUGGUCGAGAAAUGCAAAGCUUUGCCAUCGAUUACUUACAUGUCUGUGAACAAAGGAGAAAACUGGGUAUCGAACACUGCCCAAGCUGAUGUGAAUGCUGUUACUUGGGGAGUUUUCCCGGCUAAGGAAAUCAUUCAACCAACCAUUGUCGAUCCCGCUAGCUUCAAAGUCUGGAAGGAUGAAGCAUUUGAGACUUGGUCAAGAAGCUGGGCUAACUUGUACCAAGAAGCUGACCCUUCCAAGAUUUGCUUUUGUACUUUUUCUCUAAAAUAUUGGGAUUUGGUUUUUACAUCUGUCUACCAUAACAAAUAAACAAUAUUGAUGUGGCAGUAAUGUUACUGAUAAAAAGCAUCAGUUUCA